AUGGUUGGCCCCAAUAGUUUUAAGAAACAGAACAGCGGUAAGCGCACAUAUGGUAGUUGUCGAAGACAGGAACUUGGUAGUGGAUUGCUAGUAGGUGAUAUUUUGCCAGAUAUUGUUACAUUUGUCGAUGAGGCACUCUUCCAGAGCUACUGUGAUCAUGAACUGCCCGUCUACAAUACUGCCAAGGAUGGUUCAGAAAGUUACCAGUAUUUGAAGAUUGUUACAGAGGAUUGGAACAGAUAUCUGACGCGUAAGGGUGUUUACGAUAGGUCUUUUUCAUAUGGCGUAUAUCCAGUGGUUCUAUCAUUUACUGCCAAUUUUGUUAUAACUGUUUCCCUUACUUUACUGAUCUUUCUAAAUAUCUGUGACAGACGUUACAAAUAUACUUCCAGAUUGCUUAAGAUGGGGGCCAUGAUUAGCUCUAUCAAUAUUCUCAUCUUUGUUACAAGGGCAUUGAAGAAGCUAAAAAUUGAGCACGACAUGUACGGCAUAGCAACUGCAGGAUCUAUUAUGUCACUUUACACUUCUGAUCUGACAUUCUCUAUCCUUGAUUUGAUAUCUGUUUUUAUGAUCCAACUAUGUCAGGUAAUGAUUUUGAACCGAUUAUUUCCUCGAAAUUUAGAAAAACGGAUUUGCAUCUUUCUGGGGGUUCCAUUGGUGGUAGUUUCUAACGUGUUAUGGGCGAUUCCAAGAUUUGACAGCGGCAUGCAAAACUCUCCAAGACAUUGGGGUACUUUACCGCCCUUUGUUUACUUAUUUCGAAUUGCACUCAGUACAUCCUAUGCAUGUACAAUUACCUCCUAUUCAUUCAUUAAAAGACGGUUCUGUAUUCAUUCAUUCCAAAUGGGGAUAUUAUCGUUAUUGGCUGUUCUAGUUGUUCUUUUACAGCCUGUACUUUUCAUUACAGAUGUAUCCGAUGCGUGGCUUUGGGGAGUUGGUGAAUUGUUCACCACUACUUGUUAUGUGGGGUCUGCAUUCAUAGUCUGGGAAUGGUUAGAAAGGUUAAAUACUCUGGAGAGAAAUGAACAAGCUCAAAGCGUUUUAGGUAGACCUUUUUAUGAGGAUGAACAACAAGAAUAUCGAAUUGCUAGGUACGCAUUAGAAGUCCAAUGGGCUUUAGGAGAGGAUUACGAUGAAGAUGGUGAGGAAUUUAGUAAAAUACCGUCUUUCAUUCAAGAUACUCCGUCAUCGCUUUAUGCUACCAAUAGUAAAAACACGACUAUAAUUGGGAGAGAAGGACUUGAUCAAGUUAGAUUUAAUCAGCAACCUGCGAUGAAAGAAAUUCUGAGACAAAAGUUGAUUACAUCUUACAUAACUUUGAUGCGUCCGAUAAGACAAGCCAGGCGUUGGGGUCUUAAAAUGUUGAACUUUACAUCUAAGGAGAAGGGGGAAAACGCUGAGCGUGAAGGAGUCGUCAGGAAAAGAAUUGGAUUGGACAGGCGUGAUGAAGUGUACGUUUAUACUACGAAGGAUAUUGUAUUUGAAUCAGACGGAGAAUAG